UGAAUAUAAGAGACAUUCUCCCUCCAUCUCCAAAAUAUAUUUUAAUUCCAAAGUAUAUCCCUCAGUACAAUCAACAAGAAUAUUUUGAAUUUUUAAAAGGCGGACUAAUUUUGAAACUUGAACUCUGUCGCAUCUCACCCUCAAACCCUACACCCCCUUCUAAAUCACUCCUCCCUCCUCCGCCCUCCCUCCUCUCCCAUUGUUCUCUCCAGUCUCCUCUGCCUCUCUUUUCUCCUCCCUCUUGUGCCAAGCUGUUUGUGUUUCUCCUCCGUGCUUGAUUUCUCACAAAUCUCAGGUGCUUUCUGGCGUCCAGUCUUCAUUCGUACAAAGAAAAAUGGCCGAAGCCAAAAAGGGAUUGGUAAUAGGAAUCGACCUUGGCACAACAUACUCCUGUGUUGCAGUGUGGCAGCAACAGCAUAAUAGGGUGGAGAUCAUUCAUAAUGAUCAAGGUAACAAUACCACUCCUUCUUGUGUUGCUUUCACGGACCAUGAAAGGUUGGUAGGAGAUGCUGCUGCAAAUCAGGCUGCUUUCAAUCCAGAGAACACCAUCUUCGAUGCUAAGAGGUUGAUCGGUAGGAAAUACAGUGACCCGUUUGUUCAGAAAGACAAAAUGUUAUGGCCAUUUAAGGUUGUUGCCGGUGUCAAUGACAAACCCACGAUUUCUGUUAAGUACAAAGGCCAGGAGAAGAUCCUUAUUGCGGAGGAAGUAUCAUCCAUGGUCCUCUCAAAGAUGCGGGACAUUGCAGAGGCAUACUUGGAAAAACCUGUGAAGAAUGCAGUGGUUACUGUGCCUGCUUAUUUCAACGAUUCUCAGCGCAAAGCCACCAUGGAUGCUGGUGCUAUUAUAGGUCUCAAUGUUAUUCGUAUAAUCAAUGAACCGACAGCUGCAGCAAUUGCAUACGGUCUUGAUAAAAGAAAUGAUUGUGUUGGACAGCGAAAUAUUUUUGUUUUUGACUUUGGAGGUGGUACAUUCGAUGUGUCUAUUCUCACUAUUGAGAACAAAGUCUUUCAAGUUAAGGCCACUGCCGGAAACACUCACCUUGGCGGAGAAGACAUUGAUAAUAGAAUGAUGAACUACUUUGUGGAGGAGAUGAAAAGGAAAAGUAAAGUUGACAUAAGUGGGAAUCCACGUGCCUUAAGGAGGUUGAAAAGUGCUUGCGAGAGAGCAAAAAGGACACUCUCAUAUGCUGUUACUGCAAACAUUGAGGUAGAUAAUUUAUUUGAAGGCAUUGAUUUGUGUUCUUCAAUGACCCGAGCAAAAUUUGAACAAAUCAAUUGUGAUCUCUUUGAAGAGUGUAUGGAAACAGUAGAUAGGUGUCUUAGGGAUGCUAAGAUGGAGAAAAGUAGUGUGCAUGAUGUUGUCCUUGUUGGUGGUUCUUCUAGGAUUCCCAAAAUGCAGAAGCUACUUCAAGACUUUUUCAAUGGGAAGGAUCUUUGCAAGAGCGUAAACCCUGAUGAGGCUGUUGCUUAUGGUGCAGCUGUGCAGGCUGCUCUCUUGACCGAAGAGUAUAAGCCAAAGAAAAAUAUAUUACGCAUUGUUCUUGGUGGACCGCGAAAACUUCAAAUCCUAGAAUGGGUUGUGGGAAUCGACCUUGGCACAACAUAUUCAUGUGUUGCUGUAUGGCUAGAAGAACACUGUCGAGUGGAGAUCAUUCACAAUGACCAGGGCAAUAGAACUACGCCUUCUUGUGUGGCUUUCACAGAGAAUCAAAGAUUGAUUGGUGAUGCUGCUAAGAAUCAGGCUGCCAUCAACCCAACCAACACUCUCUUUGAUGUGAAAAGGUUAAUCGGCAGAAGAUAUAGUGAUCCCAUUAUUCAGGACGAUCUAAAGUUGUGGCCAUUUAAGGUCAUUGCUGAUUCUGAUGAAAAACCCAUGAUGGUUGUUUCAUACAAGGGUCAGGAGAAACAAAUCUCAGCUGAAGAAAUCUCAUCUAUGGUCCUUACAAAGAUGCGGGAGAUUGCAGAAGCGUACUUGGAAUCAGAGGUUAAGAAUGUUGUGGUUACCGUGCCUGCUUAUUUUAAUGAUUCUCAGCGACAAGCAACGAAAGAUGCUGGUAUCAUUGCUGGCCUCAAUGUUAUGCGGAUAAUCAAUGAGCCCACGGCUGCUGCUCUGGCAUAUGGCCUCGACAAGAGAGCUAAUUGCGUCGGAGAGCAGAAUAUUUUCAUUUUUGAUCUUGGUGGUGGAACAUUUGAUGUGUCUCUGCUAACAAUCAAAGGUGAUGUCUUUGAAGUGAAGGCCACUGCUGGUGACACACACCUUGGAGGAGAGGACAUUGAUAACAGAAUGGUGAAGUACUUUGUUGAGGAGUUCAAGAGGAAGCAGAAAGUGGACAUAAGUGGGAACCCGAAAGCCUUGAGGAGGUUGAGAACUGCGUGUGAAAGAGCAAAAAGAACACUCUCAUUUGCUGUUGAUACCACCAUUGAGAUAGAUGCUUUAUCUGGGAGCAUUGACUUCUGCUCAUCAAUCACUCGUGCAAGAUUUGAAGAACUUAACUUAGACCUCCUUCAAAGGUGUUUGGAGACAGUAGAAAGGUGUCUUGUUGAUUCUAAGAUGGACAAGAGUGAUGUAGACGAUGUUGUACUGGUUGGUGGUUCUUCUAGGAUUCCCAAAGUACAGCAGCUAUUGCAAGACUACUUCAAGGGGAAAGAACUGUGCAUGAGCAUCAACCCUGACGAGGCUGUUGCCUAUGGAGCAGCAGUUCAGGCUGCUUUGCUGACUAAAGGCAACAAAUUUGUCCCCAACUUAGUGUUAUUAGAUGUUACGCCGCUGUCACUUGGUAUAUCUGUAAAAGGAGAUCUCAUGAGUGUCGUGAUUCCUAGGAACACCACCAUUCCUGUUGUAAAAAAGAAAGGAUUUGAAACAGUCGAAGAUUUCCAAUCUGCUAUCUCUAUUGUGGUUUACGAGGGUGAAAGGACAAGAGCAAGCGAUAACAAUUUGCUUGGUUUCUUUAAUCUUAAUGGCAAUCCUAAAGCUCUUCGAGGCCAUCCUGUAACCGUAUAUUUCAGUAUAGAUGCUGAUGGUAUCCUAACUGUAAUUGCUGAGGAUGAAACCAUUGAAAGUAAGAAUGGGAUUACCGUAACCAACGACAUGGGAAAACUAUCAACUCAACAAAUUAUGAGAAUGAUUCAAGAAGGCGAGAAAUACAAGGCUGAAGAUCAGAAGUACCAAAAGAAAGUUAUAGCAAUUAAUGCUUUGGAUGACUUCGUUUACAAGAUAAGGAAUGCUAUAGAUGAUGUAGAUAAUCCACAAGAGAAAACGAAGAUCAACAAGGCAAUUGCAGAGACCGAGAAAUUGCUUGAUGCUAGGGAGCAGACAGAAACAGAGGUUUUUGUGGAUCAUCUGCACAGGGUGAAGAGCCUCAUUGAACCCAUUAUGAAAGAUUAACUAGUUUGUUUCAAGUUUAUGUUGGUGAAAAAUGUAAAACUUUAUGAAGCAUGCUAUCUAAACAAUAUAUUAUUUCCAGUUUCAACUAUCAAUCCUUGAACACGUUUUUCUUC